AUGGCGGCGGGAGUGCGGCUGCCAGGAACGACAUGGUGGUAUCAGGAAGGCGUUAUAACUGCACCUAAUCAGGAAGAGCAGAAGGCUAUCUUAACUCCCCUGCCAUACAACACGGGCUUUAUCUACGCACUCCACGUAAAUCCAUCAGAUACCUGGUGUGACCGAUACCAGAGGACGCAGCCUCCUGGCCCUCGCCCCACACCACCCGCACCACAGCCACCAGCCACCAGCACCCCCACGCUUCCACAGGAGGCAGGACGGCGGCACUCGGGAAUGCCCGUGCCAAACCCAGAGGGCCACGGCCGCUUGGCACUCCUCAGAGCGACCCCGUCUCCUCCUCAGACGCUCCUGACCUGCUUGCUUCCGAAGGCACGUGCAAGAACCGCCUAUCCCCAUAGAAUCGAGCUUGUGUUGCGAUUACCACAAGUUCGGAUCUACGGGUUUGGACGGAUCCGCUGUUCUGCUGCUGCGUCGUCGUCGUCGUCGGCUCCUGCUCCUGCUGCCCCUCCUCCGUGUCCUUCUCCCCGAGUUCCUUGUUCUGCUGGUGUCGCGGCGCCGUUUCCAGAACUUUCCCUUGUCAAGCCCAUUCCCCCCAGGAUGUCCCUUCGAGUACACGCGCAUUCCCUCUCCGUGCUCUCGGCUCCACCUAGGCAUAUGACACCGGGGCGCGGGACGAAGCCCAUUACCUAUUCACGGCUCGAGCACAUAAGGCUCCCUACAAAGGCUGCUGAACCGACCUUCGGCAAAAUAACCCAACUACAUGGCGUGACGUCGCCCGAAUUAGCCGGUGUGCCAACCAACCACCUCCACACGACGACCCUCUCUGCGAUACGACCUACUUCCCGAUCCCUUUGUGGACGCUCCUUGCUGUUUCCUUGA